AUGUGCGCAAAAUGGACUGAAGAUACCACAGUAAAGUUUGUAGAAUUAUAUAGGAAGGAAGAGUGCCUUUGGAAUACACAGUUGGUAAUCUAUAGAAAUAAACAAGCCCGUGAGUCGGCUAUAAAAAGAAUUGUGGAAACAAUGGAAAUCGAGAAUUUUGGCCCAAUAGAUGUAAAAAACAAAAUAAAAACUCUAAGGUCGACGUAUGUACAAGAGGUAGCAAAAAUUAAGAAAUCGCAAAGCUCUGGGGCCGGAGCCGAUGAAAUAUAUAAACCAAAAAUGAAGUGGUUUUCAGUUAUGCAUAUGUUUUUACAAACAAUGGAUAAGAGAAGGGUAACAUGCAGUAAUUUGGCUUCAGAAACAUAUAAUGGAUCGAAUACAUUACAAGUAGAAGAUGAAGUUGAAGAGGCAACACACGAAGAAGUACCAUUAGCAGCAGAGGUAAUAAAAGCGAAUGUUAGUGGAGCUAUUAAUGAACCUACUCCAAAACGCCAUAAGGCAGCGAAGUCCAAGAUUAAAGAAGUUGCUGGUUGCAUCAAAGACUUAAAUUCUUUAACGACGUCUAUUCGAGAUCUACAAUCUACGGAAUCAUCUGAAAAUGAAUUCGAUAUUUUCGGGAAGAGCGUAGCUGCACAAUUAAAUAAGUUGCCCCUUUUAGCGGCCGUCACGGCUCGAGCUGAAAUUCAGCAAAUUUUGACUCGUUCCAGAGUGUCAAAUAUAGAAGGUACAAGCACCUCAUUAGGUUCUUCCAGAUGCACCAGUGCAUUUAGUACUUUGCCGAUCCCGGAAUCAGGUGAAACCUUGAUUUGUCCAGAAUCACCCAACACAUCCCUACCACCGGCAGAUAACAAUACAAGCAAUAUUCUUUCCGAAGCAUAUAGAUCCGCUUUUGAUCUAGAUACUGAUAAUUGGGGUUAGAAUCAUAUAC